AUGUUCGAAUUUAAAGACUCGAAUAUAACAGUGAUUUUAUGUGGAAAACAAGGGGAAUGGGGCUGGAACAAGGAUGAACUAGACUUAAAACUAUGUUCAAGAGAAAUUGCACUUCCUCUUACAGCCGUUGUUAUAUCGAUAGUAACCCUUAUUGUAUUUCAAUGUUGUCGAAAGACACCCACCAGACGUACGUACACGCCGAUUCCAACCGCAGAACAAAUAGAAGCAGAAGAACGUGAACGAUAUCAAUACAUACCAAUAUCUAAAUAUGAUACUGGACAACUUGUAAUAUCAUUUAUUCAUCUCGGGUUCGUAGGCUUCUUAUUUGGAUGGAGAGUUGAUGAGUAUGAUGAAAAGAAACACAAGUAUGGCGCAUUUUGGGUAGUUGGUGCAAUUGGACAAUUUAUAUCCUGGCUUUAUAUAAGUGCUUUAUUAGCAUGUCAUUUAAUGACGAGGAAAAAUCAAUCAAGAUAUGGAUAUCUGAGACACCUUCUGUUUCUUUACGCAUUAUUUUUGCUUACCGCUAUUAUAAAUCUUCGAUCUAAUUUAAAAAAAGAUCAACAAAAAGUACGGGCUACUUUAGGAUAUGAGUUAGUGUUUGCCUAUUGGAAUGUAGUCGCUUGUUUUGUGUUAUUUGCCCUUUCUAUGAUGAGACCACGUUAUCCUGAAUUAAAACGUACCCCGAGAAGACGACGUUUGUCUCGUGACACUACAGCCUCAUUAUGGGGCCUAAUAUCAUUUUCUUGGAUAUCUCCAAUUAUCAAAUUGGGAAAUAAAAGAGCUCUAACUUCGGAUGAUUUAUGGGAAUUACCGCCUGAAUGUCAAGCUGCUCAAUGCUAUGAUGAAUUAGAUCGAUUGACAAAUUUAGAUUUAUUAUCACGAUUACUUGUAGCAAAUUUAACCAAUCUUUUCACGUUCCUUGUAAUUGCAAUAUUUCGUUCAAUUUUCGCUUUUACUACGCCUUAUUUUCUUCAACUUUUACUGGAAUCUAUCGAAUCAGAAAAAUCCAAUGGUACACCAUCAGAAAAACCGUAUCUAUUUAUUCUGGGAAUUCUGAUUUCAGAAUUACUGCGAAUUAUAUUUUUGAAUCAAUUGAAUUAUCAGGUGGUCUGGUUGGGAAUCAGAGUCGAGCAAAUGUUGAGUGUUAUGGUCUACCAAAAGCAAUUACGUCUUAAAUUAUCACUUAAUAAAAAUGGGAAUAAUAAUCGACCUCAUAAUGUCCUCACAAUGGAUGUUGAUGAUAUAGCGGGAUUUUUUUCGAACUUACCUUUUCUGUUGACCAUACCUUUGGAAAUAUUGGUGGCAAUGAUCUAUUUAGCCAGAUUAUUAGGAUGGUCAAGUAUUAUUGGGGUGGCUAUGAUGACUAUAUGUUUAUGGAGUAACAAAAAAUUGACAAGACGCAUUGGCAGAUUGCAAAAACGAGUCAAGAAAGCUAGAGAUGAAAGGGUUGGAGAGAUUUUUGAACUACUUCACGCAGUUCGAAUGAUUAAAAUGUUUGCCUGGGAAAGAAGUUUUCAUGAAAGAUUAAUGUUUACGCUAUUCGCCUUCGCUUCCUUUACAUUUGGUUUUAAUAACGUGCUUACUCCAUCAAGGACAUUUACAAGUCUUGCUUUGUUCAACACGCUUAAACAACCAUUACAAAUAUUACCUAAUUUAGUCUUUGAACUCGUUGGCCUUGGUGUUGCUGUGAAUAGAAUUGAAAGAUUUUUGCAAGAGGUCGAUGUACAAACAGAUAAUCCAGUUUUUAGCGCGGAUCUUGGUGAUAAUACUACAAUUGGCUUUACUAAAGCUGAUAUAGCCUGGAAUCAGAUGAAUCCAAGGGGACUUAAUGAAUUUAUUUUGAAAGAAGUCGAUUUAGAAUUUCCGGUUGGAAAAUUGAGUGUUAUAU